AUGCCAACGAAAGCUCAUAAAAUCGAUGCUGAUUUCGGUGGAAUUACUCUGGAUUUGGCAGCAGCUCAACGUCACGUGUGGAAUAGUGACAUUGCUUCCUAUAUAGAGCUAUCAAAAACUCUGUUCAAUUCGGACGAGUUCCAUGAGUGGAUACGUCAACAGAAUUUCGAUAUAGUUGUAUCAGAAGGCGUCGGUUGCUAUGACGGUUUGCUGUAUAUGCUGGGAAUCAAAAAUAUUUUUUUAGUAAACAACAAAGGCUUUUCGGUGCCAAUGACGUACAUGGAACGAGCACUGAACCUUCUAGAAUACGUCUUCACGGCAACAAUCAUUAAAUAUACACUAGAGCCGGAGUUUGACGGGUACUUCGACCAGAAAUUCGGCAAAAAUGCCUGGUCUAUGCAG